AUGGCGACACGAGAACUGACAUCAAUCGAAUCUACAGCCUGGGGUGCGUCGGGAUUGAUUGGAGGCACUCUGUUUUUUCGGGGCAACUACGUGUUUGUUUUCGCCAUGAAGACCAAGGCCGGUAUCAGUGUGAGUGGAAGAAUCAAGUCAAAGCAAUAUUACUACAAUAAAACAUCCCACAUUUCACCUACGAAUAUUAGCCACUUAGUUUUUGGAAUUGCAGGCUCAUCAAAUACAUGGGGCAACAAAAAAUGGUAUAUCCAUUCUUGGUGGAAACCAAAUAUAACAAGGGGAUUUCUUUUCUUAGAUAGAACCCCAAAUGAGCACCUACCCUGGCCUUCUUCCUCUCCUCCUUUUAAAAUAUCUGAUGACAAUUCGCGAUACGCGCCUUACCACAAGCACGGAAUGCCAUUUGCAAUCAGAAUGUUGAGAGUGAUUGAGGAAACAUUCAAUGUGGAGCACAGUCCAGGGGUCAGGUGGUAUGUUAUGACGGACGAUGACACUGUGCUAUUGAUUGACAAUUUGGUCGAUGUUCUUUCCAAGUAUGAUCACAGAAAGUACUAUUACGUUGGGAUGAAUUCGGAGUGUCUUGUCAGUAACUUUGGUAUGUCGUUUCAAAUGGCAUUUGGUGGAGCUGGUUAUGCUUUAAGUUAUCCCUUAGCUCAAGCUGUGGCUAAGAACAUGGAUACGUGUAUCAAGAGGUAUCCAUUUUUAUAUGGCAGUGACCACAUUUUACAAGCUUGUAUUGCUGAUUUAGGCGUCACCAUUACACUAGAAAAUGGGUUUCAUCAGAUUGACCUGCGCCGUGACAUAUCUGGUUUUUUAUCAGCACAUCCUCAGUCUCCAUUCCUCUCUCUCCAUCACCUUGACUUAGUAGCUCCAAUUUUCCCUCUAAUGAACCAUCACGAGGCCGUAAACCAUCUAAUGACAGCAGCAAGAGUAGAUCAAUCCAGAUUAUUACAGCAAAGCACAUGCUACCUAAAGAAAUACAAUUGGACAUUCUCAGUGUCAUGGGGCUAUUCCAUUAACAUCUAUGAGAAGAUUCAUUCUCCAAGUUUUCUUGAAAGACCCCUUGAGACAUUUUCCGAAUGGAGGAAAGGAGCAAGGCCACCUUACAUGUUUAAUGUUAGACAAUUAACUAAUGAUUCUUGUGAAAUUCCUCAUGUUCUCUUCUUUGAUUCUGUCGAAGGAACAAGAUUAAACCACAUUGUUACGGGAUACAUCAAGAGAACUCCAAGGGCGAUGCCCGCAUGUGGGUCGAGCGGCAAUCAUUCUGCGGAUGAUGUCUCAAAAAUUCGUGUCUUUUCUCCCAUGCAUAAGCUUCAUGUAGUGGCUGGUAAUAGAAGAGAAUGUUGUGACAUUGUGCAACCCAUUGGAAUGGAUUCGAUGGCUAUCAAACUUAGGACUUGUAUGAAACAUGAAAUUAUUGCCUGA